AUGUAUGUGUGUCUACAAGCAUGCAAAGAGGGUUUUAUGGCAGGUUGCAGGCCAAUUCUAGGAGUAGAUGGAGCUCAUUUGAAGGGUCAACGCCCUGGCAUCUUGUUGACAGCUGUUGGGAAAGAUGAAAACAACAACAUCUUUCCUGUUGCUUGGGCUAUUGUUGAGACAGAGAAUGAGGAAACAUGGACAUGGUUUUUGCAGCUACUAAAUGAUAACUUAAAUUCUAUUGCAUCAUCCACUAGCUGGAAUGAAGAAAGGGGAGAGUCUGUUACUUUCAUUAGUGACAGGCAAAAGACUUUCAAUUCAGUAGUUCCACAUGCUGAGAUCAGAUUUUGUUGUAAACAUAUUUGGGCAAAUUUCAAAAUAAAGUUUGCAGGAGAAUUAUUUAGGCUACACUUUUGGAGUGCAGUCAAAGCUUUCAACAAGUCAUCUUUUGAUCAAGAAAUGAAUGCGAUAAAAAAGAUUUUUGUAGAUGCAUUUGAAUACCUAAAUGCAAUUCCACCAAAGCGUUGGUCUAGACAUGCCUUCCUAAAUAGGAGCAAAUCUGGUUUGUUAUUGAAUAAUUGUUGUGAGUCAUUCAACAAUGUGCUUAGGGAAGCUAGGGGAAAACCAAUAAUUUCAUUGAUGGAAUGGAUUAGGGGGUAUGUAAUGCAGAGGAGUGCAGUUAAGAGGGAGGGGCUGAGUAAGUUUCAGGGGGUUGUUAUGCCAUCUGUGGUGAAAGUAAUAGAAAACAAUGAGAAGUCAUGUCAUGGUGUUAGGGUUAUCCCUAUUGAUAUUUUUGAGUUUGAGGUUGAUGAUGGAGAGGAGUCUUAUAUUGUAAACUUGACAAAUAAGACUUGUCAUUGUGGUAGGUGGACCCUAAUUGGAAUCCCUUGUAAGCAUGCCAUUACUUUCAUUAUGCAUAGAAAAUUGGACUAUACAGAGUUUGUCCAUGAGGCUUACCAUGUCAAGGCAUAUGCCAAGACAUACGGACCUAGGUUCCAUGGAAUGCCAGGGCAUAAAAUAUGGCCUACCUCCACAAACCCUAAGCCAUUACCACCUCCCUUUAGAAAAAUGCCUGGUAGGCCUAAUAAGAGGAAGAGGAGGUUGGAGGUUGAUGAAGCUGGGAAAAAACAAGGCUCUGUGGUGAGGGAGUAUAAGCAAAGGAGGUGUGGCAAUUGUGGCACACUAGGACAUAACAAAAAGAAGUGCAAAAACCCUCCCAAAGCCCCUUCCACCAUGGAUAAAUCAAAGGGAGGAAGGCCUAAGAACGUUUCAGUGUCCUCUUUAUCAACCAUACCAAUGGUGCCAAUAGCAACUGUAACAACAGCUCGUCCUGCAACAACAAGCACAACCCCUCCUACAACUCAAAGCUCAACACCAAUGGUGCCAACAGCAACUGCAAGCUCUGUUACCCCUGCAAACAAUGUUGCCACCUCAUUUCAAAAAAUGCCUACACCAAUGGUCUCCCCAUCAAAGGGAGGUAGAAAGAAAUCUUGGGCGUAUGGAUGCAACAAGAAAGGAGCAAAAGGUGCAGCCCCAAAGGUGAUUUCAACCCAAGCAUCUUCAAGUUCUCAAAAUUAA